AUGGAAAAAGAAAAAUUUAAUUGGAAUACUAUUGAGUCUGACCCUGGAGUAUUUAAUGAAAUGGUAAAAAAUUUAGGAUGUGAUGAUAUUCAGUUUAAAGAAAUAUUUUCUUUUGAUGACUCUGCUACAUUUGAACGAAUCAAACCAAUAAAAGGAUUUAUUUUAUUAUUUGAAUAUAAUAAACAAACAAUAAAUUAUAUAAGAAAUGAAUAUAGCUUUAUUGAAACAAAUGAAUAUCCUGAUAUUUUCUUUGCUGAACAAGUUGUUCAAAACGCAUGUGCUACUCAAGCAAUAUUAUCUACAUUAAUGAAUAUCCCAAAUAUUAAUCUAGGACCAACUUUACAACAAUUUAAAAAUCAAACACUACCAUUAAGUCCUCAUGAACGUGGGUUGGCUAUUGGAAAUAAUGAAAUAAUUAGAAAAGCCCAUAACGAUUUUGCUCAGCCAUCUGAAGCACUUGAAAAUAAAAUAUCAGAAAAAUUAAAAGGAGUGGAAGGACGUGCAUAUCACUUUAUUAGUAUUAUUCCAUAUAAUGGUAUUUUAUUAUUACUUGAUGGACUUAGUGAAGGACCAAUUAUUAUUGGAGGUGCUGACGAGAAUUGGCCUAUUACAGGAAUGAAACCAUUUUUUGAGGGACUUAUUAAUGCUAUGCAAGGAAGCCUUGAAUUUACUUUAUUAGCAGUGGUUCAAGACCAAAUUAAGAAAUAUCAAGAAUUAUAUGAAAAUGCUCUUGCUGAGAAAAAAGAAUAUCAAAUAGAAUUGUAUAAAGAUAUUAUUGAUGAAGAAAAAAAAAUUAAAGAACAACAACACAAAGAAAAUAAAAGAAGAAAACAUGACUAUAUGCCAUUGGCAUUAAAUUUAAUUCUAUUUCUUGGAAAACGUCAGAAAUUAGAACAAGAAAUAGAAAAACAAAUAAAUGAAAUAACAAAGAAGUAA